GUCUCCUCCUGAGCUUAUUAAGCAGUUUGAGGAGAUUUUAUCAUCAAAACCUGAGGUGGACAACUUUGUGAAAAUUUAUCCUGGCGUCGCCCACGGAUGGACUGUGAGAUACAAUGUGGAAGACAAGAAGGCUGUGGAGAGUGCUGAAGAAGCGCAUCGGGACAUGUUGGAGUGGUUUACCAAGCAUGUCAAGUGAGUGCAAAGAACCCAAGCAGUUUCCAGUUAAAAGUCUGAAUGUCGACCAUCAUCAUCAUAGUAUGGAGCUAAUUAUUGAUAGACCUUAUAUUGUAUUUCAUAUUUGAAGAAUAAUAUCGUGCUACGGUGAUGUGAAAUGAUACUGUAUGAAUUCCAAGGAGUGCUAUAUCUAUCAUUUAAAAUAGGGAAAAAGGCCAAAAUUGUCCCUAUA